UAAUGGAUUUUACAAAGACUCAAACUAAAGAUAUCAAUAAUCCUAAUAAAAAUGAAGAUGAUUCUUAUGUAAAAGAGAUGAAAUGUAUAAUCAAACCUUACUCAUUUAAGCUAGAUUAUUAAUUAAAAAACAUAAGGGAGCGAUUGGUGAAGAAAAUUUAGGCAAUUUCUAUAUCGAAGAUGAAUAAGACACUGAUAGAUAAAUAAGGUUUAGAUUAGAGUAUUCAGUUAAUUUUUGGGUAAAUAAACAAACCUUAUCAAAUUUAGAGUGCAUUACUUUUAGCAGCAUUUGUAUCAAGAUCUAUAUAUCCAUUUAGUGUUAGAUUUGUCAAAAAUAGAUUAAAACUUGAAGGCUUUCUCAAUAUUCAUAUGGUUUUUUUUAUAACUUUAUUUUAGGCAAUCUUACCUUUUAUAUUUCUAACAAAUGGUUUUGUCUUAGGAGUAUAUGAAGGUUUAUGGGCAAAAUAUUGGUUUGAUAAAGAAGUAGAGUUUAAAAGAAAAUAAUAUAUAAAAUUAUGAU